GUCGCCUUUACGGUGAGUUCCUUGCCGAAGGACACUCGCAGGAGAUCAAGUCGCUAUGCUCGGACUACUUUCAACAAGCGGAAAAAUAUGUCCAGUUUGUGCUGUCGCGACAGGCGGCGGCGACGGCUGCGGGUGGCGAACAGAAAACCUCGCCCGGGAACGUUCCCGCUAACCAUCGUUGCUUCGACGUGGAUCGUAACUUCACCGUGCAGCACACCGUCGCGAAUAAGGGGAUAUACGACGCCAAGCGUCAACAUGCUAACGUUGCACAACGUUGCCGAUGAGGAAAUGAACGCUCUGCUGACUCAGAAACAGAAACUGCUGCUCGAGCUGAAGCACUACGAAAACAACAUCAAGUACAACAAGGAAAUCCUGAGCAACACGAGCGAAAGCAAUCUGGUGCAGAGUGUGCCGGACAACGUCGGCAUCAUACCGUCCAACACGCGGCUACAGAUCGGGAUUUCCACCAGCUACGAUAGCAACGAUAUGAACAUCGACAUCACCGUGUCGACCAACAACUCGACCACGAUUCGUGUCGUGUUGAUCUUUGCUGAUCAGCUGUUCAAGGAGGAAACGCUGAUCGCGCACCUGACGAAGGACGUUUCGCGCAUACUGAUACCGCUCAAGACGCUCAAGGACAAUGCGCAGGACAUUCACAUCAAAGCGUUCGUCGGCUACCCGAGCAGUGUGCAGUUUCACGUGUUUGAACUGACCCGUCAGCUGCCCAAGUUUGCGAUGUACACCAUACCGCACAAUCUGACCGGGUCACCGAAGAGUGUGUAUGAAGUGAAGAUCAUCUGAUUAUUUUAAACCGCCAACACGUGCUUGCAUGCAUAAGUCAUCGACAUUCGACCCCAAAACCGAAUGCCCGAACCAGUUUUGCUGUGUGGUGUGGUGGUGGUGCUGGAUGGAAAACUGUGAUUUGUGUUGUACGCCUUAACCGUUCGUACGGAUGCAGUGCUAAAGCCCAGUGAUGGAUUCCUUUUUCGGCUUCGAUACCAGUCUGCCGGGUGAGAACGACGAGGAGUAGGAGGAGGAGGAAGCUCGCCGAUUCUUCCAGGCAGCACCGCGGCGCACCGCCGAACUGCAUUCGCCGCUGCAGCGGCGCCGAUGCAAAGAAGACAUCUCGGACGAGGAGGAGUAUGACGCCCUGAAUGACGAAACGUUCGGUGCGGCGGACAAGGGCGACUGGAAGGACAUCCACGAGCAUCUCGUGCGGCUGGAAAGUUGCAGGAAUGGGGGGCGAACCGGUUCCUUCCUUGGGGAGGAUGAGGACGACGGGGGCAGCAGCGACAACAACAACAGCGAGAGCGGCCGUAGCAGUGUGGUGGCCCAAAGCAUUGGCGAUGAGUUCGCGAACAAGCUAUGGCUGGAUCCGAGCAUCUGGGGUAGCCCGGCGAAGGUUCCGGCUCCGGUGCAGCCACCGUACAGCGAUUAUAGGCCCAGCGGUACGCCAUUUUCUGCCCUGCCAACACAGCAGAGCGCCUUUCGACCACCGGAACCGGCGCAUCCGAUCGGGGGAGGUGGCCUGCCGCCAAAACCGCCUCCCUCACUGCCACCGGGCUUGUUUCCACCCAUGAAGAUGCUGUCAGUGGAGGACAUUGAACGAACCAUCAUCCAGCAUCAGCAUCAGCAAAAUCAGCAUCAAAGUAUGCUGCAAAAGCAAAUGUCACAGCAGC